ACCAAUCAUUCCUUCUCUUUCUUUCUUUCUUUUCUUUUUUUUUUUCUCUUUCUCUGCUGCUCUACCUCACCUUUCAGAAAGGGGUGUAUAUUGUCAGGGCUGAAGGGGUUUGUGUUGUGAGACAGAGGGAACAUGCAGCAUCCUGGAGGAACAUGUGUGGCGUUACCCAACGUGGACGCCUGUCCUCAGCUGUCCUGCGCUGCCCUCACAUUCAUGUAUUUACAGCAGGGUAACCAGGACACACCGGCACCCCCAGAUCCAUCCAUGGCCCAGGCUUACUCAUCAGCCCAGUUUGCUCCCCCUCCCCAAAAUGGCAUUCCUGCUGAGUUCACAGCUUCACACCCCCAUCCACAUCCACACCCAGCAGCACCACAAGACUACACUGGAAUUCAAGCCUCUGUCAGUGAGCAUCCACUCAACAUGUACCAGUCCUCACAGAACCACAGUGAGCAGAGUGGGUCGGACUCUUGCAGUCAGACAGUCCCUGGCACGGCCACGCAGACAGAUGAUGCUGCCCAGACAGACAGUCAGACAUCGACACAGACUGUACCUGAAAGCACAGACAUCAAGGCCCAACCUAAGAGACUUCAUGUCUCCAACAUCCCAUUCAGGUUUAGAGACCCAGACCUCAGGCAAAUGUUUGGCCAAUUUGGCAAAAUAUUAGAUGUGGAAAUCAUCUUCAAUGAACGUGGUUCUAAGGGAUUUGGGUUCGUAACGUUUGAGCAUAGCAUGGACGCCGACAGGGCCAGAGAGAAAUUACAUGGGACCGUGGUAGAAGGCCGAAAGAUAGAGGUCAACAAUGCAACAGCCCGAGUAAUGACAAAUAAGAAGACUGUCAACCCAUAUGCAAACGGCUGGAAGUUAAAUCCAGUGGUCAGUGCUGUGUACAGCCCAGAAUUCUAUGCAGUACCAGGUUUUCCCUAUCCCGCAGCCAGUGCAGCAGCAGCGUACAGAGGAGCCCACCUAAGAGGUCGAGGACGGACCAUGUACAACACAUUCAGAGCAGCCGCGCCGCCUCCUCACAUUCCAGCUUAUGGAGGUGUUGUUUACCAGGAUGGAUUUUAUGGUGCAGAUAUUUAUGGUGGUUACGCUGCCUACAGAUAUGCCCAACCUACUGCUACCACAGCUGCUGCAUACAGUGACAGCUACGGACGAGUAUAUGCUGCUGACCCCUACAACCACUCACUCACUCCAGCAGCCACAUACAGCGUUGGUGCCAUGAAUGCAUUCGCCCCGCUGACAGAUGCCAAAACUCGAAGCCAUGCUGACGAUGUGGGGCUAGUGCUGUCCUCUCUCCAAGCUAGUAUAUACCGGGGAGGCUACAGCCGCUUCGCACCCUAUUAGCAACACCUCCAUCCACCUCCACUCAACCUUCCAGCAGGAAAGGAAGAAAUUGUGUGUGUGAUUGAGUGUGUGAGCGAAUGAGAGUGACAGAGUUAUCAGAGGAGAAAUGUUACUGAGGCCUGGGUAUUGCAAUACAUGCAGUUUAAGCAUAAUUUCAGCAUCUCCUAAGAGAGAAGUACAAAAAAAUAAAAAAUAAAAAGAAUAAAAUGACACCUGAUAUUUUUCAUCUUAUACCUCAGAUAUUUUGUGCUGUGUAUUUUGAUAUUGUGGGUUUUUAAUUUCUAAAGAUUUAAACAGAUUAUCAGCUGUAGAGGUUUUUCCAUGGUACUAUUAAAGAGCUGCUAGAGCAAUGAUUAGGACACAGGAAAUAUUUAUCAGAUUCAGAUUGAUAGGGCUUGUAUAGAAUAACACUUUUGGGUUUUUAUGUUUUGUAAGAGUGUUUAAAGUGACUAUGCUAGUCAGUUGUUGUUAUUUUACAUUAUUUCUUUCAGCUUCCUUUGGCUCUUCCUCUGUCGAUUUAGCAAUUAUAUUUUUUUCCCUUUGGUUUGGGAGGAGGUAAAUAUGUAAGUCUUGAAAAAAAAUGUAUACAAACAAAAAGUUCUUUUGUGAACUGUUGAGGGUGAGUAUGAAUGAGAAGCUGAGGGCAGCCAUGAUUUAUAUUGUCCAUCAUCACAACUUUUGUAUCUUGUUACCUACCUACCUACCUACCCACAUGUGAAUGUAUUAUUUUGCCAAACCAAGGUAAUAAUUCAUUCCCAAAAUAUGUAGUGUCUGCAUUGCAAUCAACAUUAUAUGCAUUAUAACCCAUUUCCACUAAGUGCAACAGGUUUUCUUGUUUUUUUGUCUCUUAACAUAUGAAAUUGUAUUGCAUUCGCAAAGAAAGGAAAAAAUUCAUAUAAUUUUGACUUGUUAUGUUAUGCAGUGUAUAUAUGCAAUAUAAAUUAUAUCCAUAAGGCUGAGUUAGUGCACCAUUGUCUGUGUCUGUUCAACCAGCAAAAUAAUCUGUAAUCGUAUUUGCAUUCUGAAUGGGUGGGAUGGGUGGUGCUGGAAGUGCAUGGUGCUUAGACCAUGCCUGAAAUUUAAGCCUGAAAUUGAUAUGUAUUGAUCAGGAGAUGUAUUUAUUAUUUAUUUAAAAAAAAACAAAAACAAAAAAAAACUUUACCCGGCUCAGAAUUGAGCAUCAGAUCAAUUCAAAGUUUUUGGUCUCAUAAGUAAGAGAACAUUUGCAGACAUCUGCGUAAAGAGGAUGAGGAUACCACAAAUGGAAGUAAGGAUAUCACCAGUGGAUAUUGAUAAACAUGACUUGGAUGAUACCCAUGAAAAUAUUAUCUGUGUUGGAUACUCAUUCAACCAUAUUAAACAUUUUAAACAUGAAAAUAGAUAUUGAAAAUCAGUUAUCUGUCUGAUUUGGUUUAAAUUCUAGAACACAUUUGGCCAAAAAAUAGCCUUAUCAAAUGAACUGCAUUUUUAUUUGAGUCAUAGCUCAUUUUUUUUUACCUUUAGUGAAUGCAAUGCAUUUUAUUAAUAAAAGAACCUUGGUUUUCAUCACAAGAUGUUGCAUAAAGUCAUUUCUCUGAUCACACAAUGUGACCUCACAGAAUGGUGUGUAGCCACUAGAACACUACUUUUUUUAUCAUGUCUUUCAUCAUGCAACUUGUCAUUUAACGUUGUCUUAGUCACAUGACCAUGUGUCACAGUUUGAUUGGGUUUAGCCAUUAAGACCACUUGGUUGGGUUUAGGAAAAGAUAAUGGUUUGGGUUGAAAUACAUUUAUUUAUCGGCAUGAGUAACCUCAGCUACAUAAUCGAAGUUAUGUAACAGAGGCUUAAUAUGUUAAGUGACUUCAUUUAUGAACAAAAAUGAAAGUAGUUCAAAGUUUCACCCACUUCCACCAACUCCUCCAUGCGUGAAUCUUCUCGCUCUUCAUACUAUGUCAUCUGUCAUUUUUUCCUCUCUAACAUUUGGCUUAAAAUGACAUAAAAGCAACAAAUGCAUUGUGAUUACAUGUGAAAUGACUUAAAGAAAUUGGAGAGUUAUUCAUAUGCCAUUUGGUGAGAUCAGGCUGAAUAACAGCAUUUCUGCUCUUCCAUAUGCUAGCUUCAUAUAUUGAGGAAAUAAAGUAAUGAUUUUUAGAAAAAAAAAAAGAAAAUAAAAAGACUACAAAGCUCAAAGCAAUCACAGCUGCUCUCAGUUUCCAUAGAUAAAAGAGGUGUAUUUUAUUUUUCUUUUUGGGGAGGAAAUUAUGUCAGUUGUGAGAGUCAGUUGUUCAGGCUGUAGAUUUACUGACUCAAUAAUGUGAUUAUAUCUUACAUCACUUCAAGCCAAAGGUUCUGGUGUAUGUGUGUGGUCAAGAUUCUACAUAGAUAUUAAUUAUAAGUUAAUUAAUAGAAAAAAAAGGAUUGCCAUGACAACUAAACUGUUCCACCAUUUAACUGCUUAGUUCACAUGCUGUGAUAAGAAAAAGAAUUGGGGUCAUAUCUCUUAAGGCAAUAGAUUUAGUAGGUAAAAUUAAAUUAAUUGCAAAAUUCCCAGGAAAAAGUUGGGAUCAUGAGUAAGGAAGUCAAACUUUAAUCACAGAAUUCUGACUCAAGAAUUGUAAGAUUAAAUGUUUUAUGGCACUAAUCUUCUUCCACAGUGACUAAUGUUGGCAAUCUAGACAUAGAUGUUUUUUAUAUAAACUUCCAAUAUAUUCCUUGGUAUAACUGAUCAUUUUUAUAUUACAGGAGAGAUUUAAAAAAAUAAUUAUAUAUAUAAACAUAUAUAU